AGUAAACGACUUCACCUUUCAGACAGAUAUACACACUCGAUUCACUUCGAGAGCACACCAUCCUCCUCAAUGGUCUCUCCCGAUCCCAAUCCCAAUCCCAAUCCUAGCCGUUGAUUCCCCACAGCCCCCCACCCUGAUCGAUGAUCCUUAUGAUCCCCCUCAAAUCUAGGGUUUCCUCCGCCUCCCUCUGCGCCACCACCCCUUACCAUGUCCUCUCCGAUCAACCACCACCACCACCACCACCGCCCCAACCACAGCCGCCGCCCGAUCAACGGCCAGAUCUCCUCCCCCCCGUGCCCCCACCUCGCCGACUUCCGCGCCCGUAACGGAUCCAAGCCCUUCCGGGUCCUCCAGGGCUGCCUCCGCGUCAAGCCCCCCGGCGGCCGCGCCUCCAUCCGCCGCGACCCCUCCGAGGUCCCCCGCUGCGCCUCCUGCGGCGACGCCACCCGCCCCCGCCUCUACGCCUGCAUGGCCUGCGCCGCCGUCUCCUGCCACGCGCCCCCCGGGCCCUCCCAUGCGGCUGCGCACGCGGAGGCCAUGUCCCCCGGCCACGAGAUCGCCGUCGACGUCGACCGCGCCGAGCUGUUCUGCUGCGUGUGCCGUGAUCAGGUCUACGAUCGCGAUUUCGACGCUGCCGUGGUCUUGGCCCAGACUGCGGCCUCCACUCUACCGACCUCCACCAGCUCCUCUGGCAGCUCUCGGGCGGUGGUGGCCCCGGAGAACCUACGCAAGCGGCGGAGAGUUGAUUACCGGCCUUGGUCGCCGGACACGCGUGAGCGCGCCCUAGUGGGGAGUGGUUCGAGCCCUCUCGCGUCCGUUUCGACCUCGGAUUUACCGUGGGGCUUGCGAGGGCUCAAUAAUUUGGGGAACACUUGCUUUAUGAAUUCGGUGUUGCAGGCAUUGCUACACACACCUCCUCUGAGGAACUACUUCUUGAGUGACAGGCACAAUAGGUACUUUUGUCAGAAGAAGAACGGGGUCAGUGGGAAUCUGAGUAAGAGAAAUGCAGAUGGUGCUUUUGAUGGAGGCCAUGGAGGCAAGAAUGGCAGUUUCUGUUUGGCUUGCGACAUUGACGCCAUGUUCUCUGCGGUGUUUUCCGGGGAGCGGACGCCUUAUAGCCCGGCGAAGUUCUUGUACAGUUGGUGGCAACAUGCAGCUAACUUGGCAAGUUAUGAGCAGCAGGAUGCUCAUGAGUUUUUCAUUUCCAUGCUUGAUGGGAUCCAUGAGAAAGUGGAUAAGGAUCAACGCCGACUGCAGAGCCAAGACAACUGCUUUCCUAUGCAAGUGUGCUCUUUUGUGUCGUGUGUUUCUACUGGGAGUGGAGAUUGCUGUAUUGCUCACAGAGUAUUCUCUGGUAUCUUACGCUCCGAUGUCAUGUGUAUGGCUUGUGGUUUCACAUCUACAACAUAUGACCCUUGCUUGGAUAUUUCUUUGGAUUUGGAGCAAAACCAACGUGGUUCUGCGAAGGCGACAUCAGCUAAGUCACAUCACUCCUGCAAUGGCGAGGCAGAGUGCAUGAAUUCAAGCCAGAACUCUGGGACACCGACCUUGAUGGGCUGCUUGGACCGAUUCACAAGACCCGAGAGGCUCGGUUCGGACCAGAAGUUGUUCUGCCAACAGUGUCAGGUGAGUCAGGAGUCUCUCAAGCAGAUGUCCAUAAGGAAGCUCCCAUUGGUUUCUUGCUUUCACAUCAAAAGAUUUGAACAUUCUUCCAUACGGAAGAUGUCGAGGAAGAUCGACCGAUAUCUGCAUUUUCCCUUUUCAUUGGACAUGGCUCCUUACCUCUCUUCUUCCAUUUUGAGGAGAAGAUUCGGGAACAGGAUUUUCCCUUUUGAUGGGGAUGAACUUGAUGCUUCAAACGAGUUCUCCUCAGAAUUUGAGCUGUUUGCCGUUGUCACUCACGCCGGUAAAUUAGACGCAGGCCAUUAUGUCACUUAUCUGCGUCUGAGCAAUCAGUGGUACAAGUGCGAUGAUGCUUGGAUUACCCAAGUGAAUGAGAACAUUGUGAGAGCAGCACAAGGGUACAUGAUGUUCUAUGUCCAGAAAAUGCUUUAUUAUAGAGCAAGUGAUAAAAUGGGUGCUUCAUAAUAGCCUUCAGUAAUUGAAAUACCAGUUGCUGGUGCUGUAUUAUGCGCCAUAAGAAAUCUGGCGCUAAAUCGCUGGCACUCGUGGUCUAUAUGCAGAAUAAAGUGAAGAAUAGUGCUGCAGUUGCUGCUUCCUCUGUGAAGCAAGCUUUAAUGGGUUGCUGCAGCUAAUUGCAGAAUGCCAAACAACUCUCUUCCACCGGGGCAAACAUCCGUCGGGAAAUAAACUGUAAUUCUACUUUGGAGCUAAGCUGAGCCUAAUUUUAUUCGGGGUGCCUCAGCGGACACCUCAGCGGACGAGGGAAUUGCUUAGUGAAGCCCUCGGAGUUAUUUAUGAGUUAAUUAUUUCAACUUCCUCCCCUAAUUUUUCCUGCUUGUCCAAGUAUUGAUGGUGGGUUGAUUCUUUUUUUGACAUGGAUCCUCUCGAAGGUUGAUGCUUGGAGGUGUGGGUUCUUCCUGGUAUUGCUCAUUCCUUGCAUUCCAUAUCUUGUAUUGCGAAUUUUUUGGUCCAGAGCUUUCUUAGGGAAGCUCUUCAUAUUUAUUUCUUGAAAAGGAAAGGCGAGGAAUGUUGCACCAGAGAUUUUGUAUGUCGUACUUAUUUUUGAGCAAAGAGAAAUUAUAGUAUGACUAACUACACCUUUACAUU